AUGGCUCCCCCACAAGAGGCCCUCGACUUUGUCGACUUUGUCAAUGCUUCUCCCACUCCCUACCACGCCGUCCAGUCUGCCGCUGCCCGCUUCGAAAAGGCCGGCUUCAGCCUCAUCCGCGAACGCGACUCUUGGGCCUCGACCCUCCGCCCCGGCGGCAAGUACUACCUCACCCGCAACGGCUCGUCCAUCCUCGCCUUUGCCAUCGGCCGCAAGUGGCGCCCCGGCAACCCCGUCGCCAUUGUCGGCGCCCACACGGAUUCGCCCUGCCUGCGCGUCAAGCCCGUCUCGCGGAAGAGCAACGUCGGCUACCUGCAGGUCGGCGUCGAGACGUACGGCGGCGGCAUCUGGCACUCGUGGUUCGACCGCGACCUGAGUCUUGCCGGCCGCGUGCUGGUCCGUGACGGCGACAGCGUCGUGCAGAAGCUGGUCAAGGUCGACAAGCCGCUGCUGCGCAUCCCCACGCUGGCCAUCCACCUGCACCGCCAGUCCAACUUUGACCCCAACAACGAGGUCGAGCUGUUCCCCAUCACGGGCCUUGCCGCCGCCGAGCUCAACAAGGGCGCCCAGCCCGAGGAGCCUGCCAAGGACGAUGCCAUGGAGGAGGACGAGGACUUCAAGCCCCUCGAGAAGAUGACCGUGCGCCACCACCCCGCCGUGCUCGACGUCGUCGCCAACGAGCUGGGCACCGACGUCGCCUCCAUCGUCGACUUCGAGCUCGUCCUCUACGACACGCAAAAGUCCGUCAUUGGCGGCAUCAACGACGAGUUCAUCUUCUCCCCGCGCCUCGACAACCUGGGCAUGACCUACUGCUCCGUCGAGGGCCUCAUCAAGUCCGUCAGCAAGGCCGACGCCCUCGACAACGACUCCACCAUCCGCAUGACCGUCUGCUUCGACCACGAGGAGAUUGGCUCGCAGUCCGCCCAGGGCGCCCACUCCAACCUGCUGCCCUCGGUGCUGCGCCGCCUGUCUGUGCUCCCCGGCAACCGCGACGCCGCCAGCGACGGCAGCUAUGAGCAGGUCCACCACGAGGGCGAGGAGUCGACCGCCUUUGAGCAGACGCUCUCGCGCUCGUUCCUCGUCUCCGCCGACAUGGCCCACGCCGUCCACCCCAACUACGCCGGCAAAUACGAGUCCUCGCACCAGCCCGCCAUGAACGGCGGCACCGUCGUCAAGAUCAACGCCAACCAGCGCUACGCCACCAACUCUCCCGGCAUCGUCAUGCUGCAGGAGUGCGCCCGCAAGGCCGGCGUCCCGCUGCAGCUCUUCGUCGUCCGCAACGACUCGCCCUGCGGCAGCACCAUCGGACCCGGCCUGGCUGCGAGACUGGGCAUGCGCACCCUCGAUCUGGGCAACCCGCAGCUCAGCAUGCACAGCAUCCGUGAGACGGGUGGAACGGCGGACGUGGGACGCGCCAUCAAGUUGUUUGAUCAGUUCUUUGAGAGCUACGGCGAGAUUGAGCCCAAGAUCUUGGUCGAUUAA